ACAUUAAAUCCAAGUAUAAAAGUACGUUCGUACAAGCAAUACAAACGGACGUACACACAGCUCAGUAGCAGCAGCAGAGAGAAAGCGACAACCGGACAUCGGAACUUUGUGCAACAAUCUUGAUCUUCAGUUAUCACUGAAGACUAAAUCGGGCUGGGGAGGAAGGAAAGCUCUACAAUAAUGGCGAGCGUUUCUUAUCAUAUCUCCAAUCUCUUGGAGAAGAUGACAUCAAGUGAUAAAGAUUUCCGUUUCAUGGCUACUAACGACCUGAUGUCUGAGCUACAGAAAGAUUCCAUUAAGUUGGAUGAUGACAGUGAGAGGAAGGUAGUCAGAAUGUUGCUGAAAUUAUUGGAGGAUAAAAAUGGUGAGGUUCAGAACCUAGCAGUCAAAUGCCUUGGUCCACUUGUUUCAAAAGUGAAAGAGUAUCAAGUUGAAACGAUUGUUGACAAUUUGUGUAACAACAUGCUGUCAGAAAAGGAACAGUUGCGAGAUAUCUCAAGUAUUGGUCUUAAAACAGUGAUUAAUGAACUGCCACCAGCAUCAAGUCCUCUUGCUGCAAACAUCUGUAAGAGCAUCACUGGAAGACUGACCAAUGCAAUAGCAAAGCAAGAGGAUGUUUCGGUUAAGUUGGAAGCAUUGGAUAUUCUUGGUGAUCUUCUCAGCAGGUUUGGAGGUCUACUUAUGAGUUUCCAUUCUGCAAUACAAAGUGCAUUGCUACCACAGCUCAACAGUGCUAGGAUGGCAGUACGCAAGAGAGCAAUCUUGGCACUUGGGCAUCUGGUUAUGAGCAGUAGUAACAAACUAUUUGGUGAUCUUAUGGAGUUCCUGAUGACAGAGCUGAGGGAAAACAGCAACCCAUCUACAACAAGGACAUAUAUACAGUGCAUUGGUGCUAUCAGUCGACAUGCAGGUCAUCGCGUUGGAGAACAUUUGGAGAAGAUCAUGCCAUUAAUAGUCAAGUUCUGUAGAAUUGAUGAAGAUGAUGAGUUAAGAGAAUACUGCAUUCAGGCUUUUGAAUCAUUUGUUAGACGGUGUCCAAAGGAAGUUUCUCCACAUGUUUCAACAAUUAUUGAGCUAUGUCUGCAAUACAUCUGCUAUGAUCCUAACUAUAACUAUGAGAGUGAUGAGGAAGAUGAUGCUAUGGAUGCUGAUGCUGACGAUGAAGAAGAAGGUGAAUCUGAUGAUGAGUAUAGCGAUGAUGAUGAUAUGAGCUGGAAGGUACGACGUGCUGCAGCCAAAUGUCUGGAAGCCAUUGUAGGUUCUAGACAUGAGAUGUUGAAUGAGUUCUAUCGCUCCGUAUCACCGGCUCUUAUUGCAAGAUUUAAAGAGCGUGAAGAGAAUGUAAAGUCUGAUAUCUUUCAUGCCUUCAUUACACUGCUGAAACAGACUAAGCCUAUUGUAACUGGCUGUUAUGAUCCUGACUCUAUGGAGCAUGAAGAUGGCAGCCCCAUAUCAAUGCUGAGGCUUCAGGUACCAGACAUAGUACGUGCUUUACACAAGCAGAUGAGAGAGAAGAGCAUUAAGACACGUCAAGGCUGCUUUACUCUACUCACUGAGCUGAUUAGUGUAUCACCAGGAGCAUUAGCAGAACAUAUCCCAGCGGUUAUACCUGGCAUUCAGUUCUCUCUUGGAGACAAGAAUAGCAGUUCCAAUAUGAAGAUUGACACCUUGUCUUUCCUGAAUUGUUUGAUGGUAAACCAUAGUCCACAAGCCUUCCAUCCUCACAUAGGUGUGAUUGUGCCUCCAGUUGUAACAGCAGUAGGGGAUACUUUCUAUAAAAUCACAUCUGAAGCCCUGUUAGUCACACAAACCAUUGUCAAAGUCAUCAAACCACUGGAUACUGACACUGGUUUUGACUACAGUCCCUAUGUAUUGGAUCUAUAUACCUGUACUUUAAUGAGACUGAAGGCUGCAGACAUUGAUCAGGAAGUCAAGGAACGUGCUAUCUCAUGCAUGGGACAGGUUCUGUGUAAUCUUGGGGACCAUCUUCAGUCUGAGCUGAGUACUUGUCUACCUAUCUUCUUGGAGCGUCUUAAGAAUGAAAUAACUCGUCUGACGACAGUCAAAGCAUUGACCAUGAUUGCUGGAUCUCCAUUGAAGAUUGACAUUACACCAAUCCUGUUGAAAGGAGUGCCAAUUUUAGCGUCUUUCCUACGCAAGAACCACAGGGCACUGAAGCUGUCGACACUCACAGCUUUAGAUAUCCUACUCAAAAAUUAUGGAGUGUCCUUGACUAUGCCAAUGAUUGAUGGAGUGAUGGCUGAACUACCUCCAUUAAUCAGUGACAGUGAUCUACACAUUUCACAGCUCACUCUUCAUCUCUUGACAUCUAUGUGUCAUGUUCAUCCUACAAGCUUCAAUAAGAGCAGAGAACCUAUUCUCAAUGCUAUUCUAACUUUGAUCAAAUCUCCUUUGUUGCAAGGUGGUGCACUGUAUGCUAUGUUAGAGUUCUUCCAGGCUCUUGUAGCAACUAAGACACCCAGGUUGGGAUUUCAAGAUCUGCUUCAGAUGUUGUCUCUGCCCAUAUACAGCCCCAAAGAAUCCCAGACCUCCACUUAUGCAGUGCACAAACAGGCUUUUCACUCUAUAGCAAAGUGUGUAGCAGCAUUGACUAUCUCAUGUGCAGCAGAAGGAUCUGUUGUUGUGAAUCAGUUUGUUAAUGAUGUAAAGAAUACCAAGUCGUCAGACUCUGUGCAGCUCUUUGCUCUCUUGUCAUUGGGUGAAAUUGGCAGACAUGUUGAUCUUAGUGGACAUCCUGAACUACAGAAAGUCAUUGUGGAUUCUUUCUCUGCAUCAAGUGAAGAGGUCAAAACUGCAGCUUCAUUUGCUCUGGGCAAUGUGAGUGUUGGUAAUUUACCUCAGUAUUUGCCAUUUGUGUUGGAAGAGAUCGUGAAUCAACCCAAGAGACAAUAUCUCCUUCUUCAUUCACUCAAAGAGAUCAUUGCAUGUCAGAGCAGCAGCCCUUCAGCUGUUGAUCAUCUUAAGCCAUUUGUUGCAAGUAUUUGGACCAUGUUGUUUAAUCAUUGUGAAUGCUCUGAAGAAGGAACUAGGAAUGUAGUUGCUGAGUGCCUUGGUAAACUUACACUGAUUGAUCCACAAACAUUACUCCCUAAACUCAAGGAGUGCCUAUCAUCUGAUUCAGCAUAUACAAGAAGUACAGUAGUCACUGCUGUGAAGUUUACCAUAUCAGACCAGUGUCAGCCCAUUGAUCCUCUCCUCAAGAGUUGCAUCCAAGAUUUCUUGAAAACAAUGGAGGAUCCAGAUUUGAAUGUUCGUCGUGUGUCUCUAGUUACAUUCAACUCUGCUGCUCACAAUAAACCCUCUCUCAUCAGGGAUUUGUUGGAUCAAAUAUUGCCCAAUCUAUAUACUGAGACUAAAGUCAGGAAAGAGUUGAUUCGGGAGGUUGAGAUGGGUCCAUUUAAACACACAGUUGAUGAUGGAUUGGACAUCAGAAAGGCUGCCUUUGAGUGCAUGUACACGUUACUAGACUCUUGCUUGGAUAGAUUAGACAUCUUUGAGUUUCUCAAUCAUCUAGAAGAUGGAUUAAAGGAUCAUUAUGAUGUCAAGAUGCUGACCUACUUGAUGCUAGUCAGACUAGCUACAUUAUGCCCACCGGCAGUACUACAACGACUUGACAGACUCAUUGAACCUUUGAGGAACACAUGUACAACCAAAGUAAAGGCUAACUCAGUCAAGCAGGAGUUUGAAAAGCAAGAUGAGUUGAAACGCUCGGCUAUGAGGGCUGUAGCAUCGCUCCUUAAUAUCCCGGAUAGUGAUAAGAAUCCUUUGUUGAAUGAGUUCAUAUCCCAGAUCCGCUGUAAUCCUGAGAUGUGUACAAUGUUUGACAGCAUUCAGAAAGACACAACAAUGAGUAGCAGUGAUUCCUUGAUGGACACUACUUAAACUAACACCACUAUUAACAUUAACUUUAAAUGGACACCCAGGGCUUCAAAUAAUGUCAUUUACUUUUUGCAAAAGAUCCUAAGAAUUCAACAUCAAUUGUAACAGUUACACUAUAGCCAUGCAUCGUGUUUUUGUGUCCCAUGGACACUUUACAUAAAACAUGUCACUUGUUAACCAAAUGUGGGUUGCAUUAAAUCAAAAUGCAAUCACAUUGUGAAACCUGACUAUUCCUUUCCUCGUGGUGAAGCCAUUUGGAACGGAAAAGCCAGAUUUCAUUAUAUUCUGUGAAAAUGCAUGGACAAAAUGCAUUCAAUAUUUGCUUCAUAUAUCCCACACAUAUGUAGAUCAUUGUCAUUUGAAUUUUUUUCCACAAUAAACACAAAUUAGAGACAGAAAGUCGUCCACGACACACUCUGAUAAUUUUGAAAAAAACCUCUUUACUAAGUAAAUGAUGUGGAGCACUCCAGCACUAACCUUGUCUGGCACCCUGUGAGACAACCUCGCUUUGUUUGGAUGAGGAGGUGCGGAGUGAUUGUUGUGGAAACUAGAAGUAUCACCAAGCAUCCUAUAGACAUGUAAUUAUAGGACUACAGUGUGAAAUUGUUCAGUAUCACCAAGCAUCCUAUAGACAUGUAAUUAUAGGACUACAGUGUGAAAUUGUUCAGUAUCACCAAGCAUCCUAUAGACAUGUAAUUAUAGGACUACAGUGUGAAAUUGUUCAGUAUCACCAAGCAUCCUAUAGACAUGUAAUUAUAGGACUACAGUGUGAAAUUGUUCAGUAUCACCAAGCAUCCUAUAGACAUGUAAUUAUAGGACUACAGUGUGAAAUUGUUCAGUAUCACCAAGCAUCCUAUAGACAUGUAAUUAUAGGACUACAGUGUGAAAUUGUUCAGUAUCACCAAGCAUCCUAUAGACAUGUAAUUAUAGGACUACAGUGUGAAAUUGUUCAGUAUCACCAAGCAUCCUAUAGACAUGUAAUUAUAGGACUACAGUGUGAAAUUGUUCAGUAUCACCAAGCAUCCUAUAGACAUGUAAUUAUAGGACUACAGUGUGAAAUUGUUCAGUAUCACCAAGCAUCCUAUAGACAUGUAAUUAUAGGACUACAGUGUGAAAUUGUUCAGUAUCACCAAGCAUCCUAUAGACAUGUAAUUAUAGGACUACAGUGUGAAAUUGUUCAGUAUCACCAAGCAUCCUAUAGACAUGUAAUUAUAGGACUACAGUGUGAAAUUGUUCAGUAUCACCAAGCAUCCUAUAGACAUGUAAUUAUAGGACUACAGUGUGAAAUUGUUCAGUGUCACACAUAUUGCAGCAGUAUUGCAAAAUAAAGAUAUGACAUGUAUAACCAAAUGACAGGAUCUAUAUGUGUGUUGUUUAAAUUGGAAUUGACAUUAUUGGCUUUCAAGACAAGCUUAGUUGAUUUUGAAUCAUUUUAAUUUGUUAAAAAAUCUCCAUUAUCUAUCUGGUAAAGUUCACCAGAAAUAAUGCACAUAGAUGGGUUAAUUCAAUUUGCAAAAAAAAAAAAAGAGUUUCAUGCAGUUAACAGUUUUGAAUUAUUACUGAAUUGUUAUGUGAGACCUGAGAUUAUGUUGUUAAUGCCAUGUGUAAGUCCAGGAAGCAGACUGAGUAUAUAAAGUGCUUAGAGUUGUCCAUAAUAAAACAGAGCUCCUUAUAAACCAGUAGUUAUUUAAUUUGGAGAAGGCAAUAUGACUGUAUCAUUGCACAAUGUGAAGGUAUACUACUAGGCUGGAUCACAAGUCACUCACUAUUGUAAAGCUUCAAAACAUUACACAAGAAGUCAUAUAACAUUGUCAUUAUAGAUAGUGUAGAGUACCUAAAGGAACAUGUUGUUAUUCUUAUGAAGCUCAGCUAAAUGAUGGAAUGAAAAGUAGCCAUCAAUCUCUAAUAACAGUGUUUAUUCUAAAUAGUUGAAGUAACUUUUGUAAUUACUGUAGUUCUAUUUCUCAUACAUGAACUAUUCAUCCCCUUUUAUUUUACUCCAUUCGUUUUUUCAAGCACUAUAAAAUGGUGGAAUCAUUUUUUAGACAAUGAUUUUGUCAAUGUAUAUUUGUUGACAUGUUGGCAGUUUGCAGCAGCAAGUAUUUCCAGUGAGUUUAUGUACAUGUAACAGAAUGAUCUUACUGGCUAAGUUUGGCUUUUGAGUUUGCCACAUAUCAAAUUUUAUUUAUUGGUUUGAUGUGAAAUUAUAAACUUAACGACAAUUUUGAGCAAGGAACUUACUGAUGAAAAAUGUUGGAUCUGUUUAUGUAAAAACAACAUAAUGUGUUGUUGCAGUUAAUGUUUGAGGAUUUUUUAAGCAGUAAUGGUUUUAGCCAAGCUAAUUUGGUUCAAUAAACCAAAAAAUGUCAUCUCAUAAAAGACUUCAAAUUAGCUCAGCACUAAUUAAUUAUCUUUUCUUUUUCUAUAAAGUUGGUGCAAUCAAUUUUGCAUGUGUUUUUCCAGUCAGACUAUAUCUUGAACAUAAUCUCUGGAAGGAUGCUCCCACCGGUUUGUAUUUCAUUUUCAGAACUGGAAGUCACAAAUACUCUGUGUGUUCUCUCUAAGAUCAAUAAAAUGGCAUUAAGAAAAAUAAAAUACAAACCCUUUAUCAAUGGGGAAUAAUGUUAA